CUGGAAAUUUCAAAAGUUAAAACUGCUUUCAAAAUCAUAAAAUGAGGCAUAGUUUCUAAAGACAGCUUUUAGGUUAACUCUUCUUUCGACCAUUUUGGCAAUCAAAAUUUGUUGUUAAAUUCAAAGACUGGAAAAAAAUCUUCUAGCCCCAAAGAGCGUGAUCAUGACCAAUCGACUGGCCUUGCACCACAUCCUAACCACCCAGCUGCAGAGAGACUGGGACCAGGAGGAAAGUGCCAAGUUCAGGCUUUCGCAGCUGAACAGGCGGGACAGGAUCAAGGCCUCGCUGAGAACGACCCAGUUGCCAGGACGUAACCUGCUGCCUGACACCCGAAAGACCUAUGACAAUAUGGUGGCAAGGAUUCACUCGACCAUGAAGGCGGUUCGAACACCACGAAAACCUCGGCCAGUGGUGCCGGUGCCCAUGGAGACGACUCCAACUCCAGUUCCAGGAGUAGCACCACCACUGCCAACGAGAUUGGUAUCAAAAAAACCAAAAAGCAGCAAAUCAGGAAGGAUUAAGGGCGGCGCCAACUCCUCAAGGACGGGAAGUGCGAAUGGAAUCGCUAGGAUAUCCCCAGAAAAAACAUUGGCGGCUAUCAAGGCCAGCUUCAACCAGAAAUGGAAGGGAGCGAAGGGUAUUAACCAGCAAAACCGGAUCCGAGAGGUCCUCCAGCAGAAGAACGUGCUGGAAACCAUGCUAAUGCAGCACAGGAAGUUGCAAAGGGAUCGCCAGACCAUAGCCCUGGAUAUCCAGCGGAUGCGGGCAGACCUGGAUAGGAUUCGCAACAAGUUGGACACAUCCCUGCAGAGCUUGAACUCCACGCGCACCCUCUUCAAAUCCGUUAGCAAAACGAGUUCCAAGAAGACGAUUGUUCAGAAGCCCGCGCACUCGAUGACCCCGAUUCAUCGCCGGUCGAAUGGGAAGCGAAAGGUCAGGAUCACCGUUCCGAAGAACCGGCAGAGCGUCCUGACCAGCAAAGCUCCCAUACUCAAGCGACGAGUCCGCUAAACGCUUAUUAAAAAGGGGAAAAAGAACAAAAAACAAAUAAAUAAAAUAAAAAAUUUAUAAAUUAAUAUUAUUUACUUUCAUCGAAAUACAUUUGAAAAUACAAUUA